CAUGCCCAAUUUUCAGCGCUAAUUUUUUUUCAUUUAUUUUUUAUUUGAAAAAACAAAACCCUAACUAUCUUUCUUGCUCCUCUACUCACACGUUUCUGCCUCCCACAGAUUGAGUGGUUAAAUGAUGGACAUAGACAAUCCAAGAAUUUUGUAAUGUCGGGGUUUUGAUUUAAUUCCUAUCUUGUUGAAGUUCAUUAAAAUUUGUUCAAAAUUUGUGGCAAAUUGAUGUCAGUCAGAGCUUGAGGACCUUGCACAUGUUAUGAUUGUCAUUGAAGUUGGAUUCUUGAAGAGAUGUUGAGAGUACAAGAUGAGCAUUGUAGAACUCCUGAAGCACAACCUUUGACCGAAGAGGAGAUAUCUAUGAUGGUUCUUAAGCCGAGAUCUGGCUAUGUAAAGGGACUUGACAUGAGGCCUUCCUCAUCUCUUAAGACUCCUGCCUCAUCUUCCUCAACUCAAUAUACUCAACAACUCGAGGGUUGAGUAGAAGAACUCUAGGAUGCAAACUACAAGUUGGAGGGUCGAGUAGAAGAGCUCCAGGAUGCAAACUUCAGGCUAGAGGAGAAGAUGGAUUGCAUCACACAAUAUUUGAGGAGCAACGGUGACGUGACUUCUGUGGCAGUGGGGGGAGCUCAUCUACUAACUAGAACACACCUUGGAUUUGGAAGAGGAGCGAUUGACCCUCAAUUUUCAAACCAUGUUAACUUUCAUGGAGAUGCUUACAUCUUUGAUCACAGCUGCUGGUGUGAUUGUACUAUGUCCCCUAGUAAAAGGACUCGUACCUUGCUCAUUCCUCAAUAAUCUCUUCUCCAUCUAUGAAGAAUAUUUUUGCACGCCUAAAAUCACUCUCUUCUUUCGCACGGAUUGUGGUCUCAGUGACAAUCAAAUGUAUGAUGUUGCCUCAACCUACCUCCGUGCCAAGAUUGUUGAUUCAUCAAAAUGUCUCAAUGUUGGCAAAACCGUUAGGCAAGAGAGGCCAACCUUUGAUAUAGUCCCGGGUGCAGAGGUUAUUGAUUCCUUUCAAGGCAUUAAAGGGCUUAAAUGGAAGUUACAUGCAGAAAAAGGAUUUGAUGGCCGUGAAUGUCGUAGAUAUUUUACGCUUUCCUUUGAUAAGAAACUCAAAGAGGUUGUGCUAGAGUCGUAUUUAGCUGAAGUAAUAUCUCGUUCUAAGGCUAUACAAGAAGCAGAAAGGGUGUUAAAGCUUUAUAGCCGUGAUUUCGUCUAUGGUACACCUGGUCGUGAAUGGAGUUCUAUUGUUCUUGAACACCCAACCACAUUUGAGAAGUUGGCAAUGGACCCAGAGCAGAAGAGGAUGCUCAAGGUUGAUCUGGACAAGUUUAUUAGUAGAAAGGAGUGGUAUAAGAAAGUUGGCAAGGCAUGGAAGCGAGGGUAUUUGCUUUACGGGCCUCCGGGUACUGGUAAAUCAAGCUUGAUUGCUGCCAUGGCUAAUUACCUAAAGUUUGAUGUCUAUGAUUUGGACCUUACAAGCAUACGCUCAGAUUCAGCGUUGAGAAGGAUAUUUCUUUCCACAUCUAAUCGUUCAAUAAUGGUAAUUGAGGAUAUUGAUUGUGCAAAGUUGGAAGAUCGAGACAAAGAGGAAGCGUCUGAUCAGCUGAUUCUGAAAAAGCCUAAGUUCACAUUAUCAGGUUUAUUGAACUUCAUUGAUGGAGUAUGGUCAAGCUGUGGAGAAGAGCGAAUUAUUGUGUUCACCACCAAUCAUAAGGAGAAGCUUGAGAAGCUUGAUCCCGCUUUGUUGCGCCCAGGCCGCAUGGACGUGCAUGUGCACAUGUCAUAUUUAACCAUGGAUGGGUUCAAGCAGUUGGUUUCUAACUAUCUUGGUAUCAAUGGUGAUCACCAACUCUUAGAAGUGAUUGAGGCAUUGCUGAAGAAUAAACAAGUUACUCCAGCUGAAAUUGCUGAGGAACUUUUGAAGAGUGAAGAUCCCAAUAUUGCUCUUCGAGGAGUCGUGGAAUUUCUCGAGCAAAAGUAAAUAGAGAAUGGAAUCAUCAUUUGUUGGGUUUAUGGAUAUCGAUUAUGUGUGGGUAUAGCUAUGUAUGCAUUCUCAUGUAUCUCUUUAUCAUGGGUGUAGUAGUUUUUGUAUUUUGUGCGACUCUCUAUCAUGUAAUAUAAUCUCUGUUUGUGAUGAAUAAAUGUAUGUAUGUUCGAAAUUGGAUGAA